AUGCCUCCAAAAGGGACCAUUGCCAUCGAGGAAGCCGUCCUUGACCCUGAAGGGAUCUCAUGGAUGGCUGAGACGGCUUCCCUUUUCGCUCCUGGCCAGAACUCUUCCCAACUCAAACACCAUUCACUAACGCAGAAGCUCAUGGACAUCCAUGACCAGCGCCUGAAGGAGAUGGAUGCCGAAGGUGUUGAGUACAUGCUAUUGUCCCUGACCUCCCCGGGCGCCCAGGGCGAAAAAGAUCCCGUCAAGGCCGCCAACAUCGCCAGAAAUGCCAAUGACUGGCUUGCCGCUGAGGUCAACAAGAACCCAACCCGAUUUGGCGCAUUUGCCUCUCUUUCAAUGCAUGAUCCAGCGGAGGCGGCAGCAGAGCUCACAAGGGCAGUGAAAGAAUUGGGGAUGUUCGGGGCGAUGGUGAAUGACUUUCAGACAUUUGGCGAGGACGGUGCCGGGAAGAAAUACUAUGACGCACCAGAAUAUCACAUCUUCUGGGAGAUAGUCGAGAAGCUAGGCGUUCCAGUCUAUCUACAUCCUCGGUACCCCAUUUCUCAGGACCUCGAGGGAGCUCAGGCAAAAUGGGGCCCGAGGAAGCAUCUUCUCGGGGCCGCUGUAUCUUUUCACUUGGAUCUGAGCUUCCAUGUUUAUGCGCUUUGCUCAAGCGGUAUCUUCGACAAAUUCCCGAAAGUGCAGAUCGUUGCCGGGCACCUGGGCGAGGGUAUACCGUUCAAUUUGUGGCGUGCGGAUCACUGGUACAACAAGCCAGUCAAGAAAGCCACUAGGCCGUCGAAAGAAGACUACAGCUACUAUUUCAAGCACAACGUCUCUAUCACGACUUCAGGAGACUUUUCCACGUCAGGUCUGAAAUUCUGCAUUGAGCAGAUAGGAGUCGAAAGGUGCAUGUUCUCAAUUGACUACCCUUACGACUCCAUCAAGGAAGCCCAGGACUGGUGGAAAGGAGUCGAUCUUGCGGCCGAUGAGAAAGAGGCAGUGGCGAGGAGAAAUGCAAUCAGAAUCUUUAAAUUGCCGCUCGAAGAUUAA